GAGGAAGUUAGGAGAGGAACAAAGUUACGGUUUUCUUUUUCUUAUCUUUGGAGCCGGAUGUGGCGGAAAUGACCUCAAGUUUCGGCUUUUCUCCGUGGGAUAACGUAAAGGAGUUGUUUUGUGGCGUUUUGGCGGAACUAGGGCAUAGCUGGGGCCAAAAAGAUAGGAAUUUUUUUUUUUUGGGUUCUGGGUUGCAUUUUUAUAAUUCCCGGUGUUUCUUAUUUUUUUGCGGAGUAUUGUGUGCUUAGGGUUUGUUCAGGUGCUAGAAAGAUCGAUGCUUGGUUUACAUUUGGCCUCUCGUUUGUCAAAUCAAGUCUUGUUUUAGCUUUCCUUCCCCUCUCGCUUUAUUUUUUUGCUUCCAAUGUUCUUAAUAUUCUUUCGACGGUGGAGUCCAGGAUCAUAAAUGUUUACCUUUCCUUUUUGUUUAUAGGUUUCCAUUGUUUUCUUUAUGUUAGAUUUCUAAUUGUUUUCAACCAUCCCAACUUCGCAGGGACUGUAAGCUGUGUUCGUUCUUCGUAAUCUUCCAUUUGAGAACCAAUCGAAUCCAUGCAUGGAUGGGAGGGAUGCCAUAUCGAUGUCUGGUCCAUCUUCAUACUACAUCCAACACAGAGGUAUGGGUGGGAGUAGUUCUGGAACACAGACAGGGCUGCAUGGACCACCUCCCGGCAUCCGCUCGAUGCAGAACCCCACCUCGAGCUUACCUGUACAGCACCCUGGAAGUGUAUCUAUUGGAUCAGCGUUUCAGGUGGAGCCUCCGUCUUCGAUCUCACCGCAUGGUGUCGGUGCGGGUGCCGCAGCUCAAGGAGAACCUGUAAAGAGGAAAAGGGGAAGGCCACGGAAGUAUGGGCCAGAUGGAACAAUGGCAUUAGCUCUCUCGCCAUUGUCUUCGACUCCCACAGGGUCGGGGUCAGGCUCAGUGUCUGGUGCAACAUCGGUGUCAGGGUCGGGGUCAGCCGCUCAAAUGCAAAGGCGGGGUAGAGGGCGGCCACCCGGAAGUGGGAGCAAACAGCAGUUGGCUUCUCUUGGGGAAUGGAUAGCUGGCUCGGCUGGAAUGGGUUUUACUCCACAUAUUAUCACAAUUCCAGUAGGAGAGGAUAUUGCUACGAAGAUAAUGUCGUUCUCACAACAGGGCCCAAGGGCUGUAUGUAUACUCUCAGCAAAUGGUUCUGUUUCCACUGUGACACUUCGUCAGCCUUCAAGUUCUGGCGGCACAGUUACCUAUGAGGGUCGUUUUGAAAUACUGUGCUUGUCUGGCUCUUACUUGCUGACUGAUAGUGGUGGAUCACGCAGCAUAAGUGGGGGCCUAAGCAUCUCUUUGUCGAGUCCUGAUGGUCGAGUUAUUGGUGGUGGUGUCGGUGGGUUGCUCAGGGCAGCAAGCCCUGUCCAGGUGAUUGUUGGUAGUUUUGUUUAUGGUGGCUCAAAAACAAAGAACAAAAAAACAGGUCGGAAAACAGGCCACGAGUCUGAACUUCCUGUGGGUGAUAAACAACAAAGUACACCAACCAGUUCUGUGCUUAAUCAAAAUUUGACCCCUUCUUCGGCUAUGGGAGGUUGGGCUGGUCCUAGACAAAUGGAAAUGAGGGACACCCACAUUGAUAUUGAUUUGACUCGUGGGUAGCUUUGGUUUGGAUAUAGUUAUAGAUGGGAAUUGUGUGCAUGUUUUAGUGCUUGUGAUAGGGGGUGGCUUUGGGGGAAAUCUAGGACGAUCACAUUUUGUACUAACAUAUUUUUGCAGCUAGAAAACCAUUAGAUUCCAAUUAGUAAAAUUAUGUUCUGUUAUCAUAUGAAUGACCAUAUCUGCAGCUUUGUGCUAUAACCCUGAUUCUGUCAUUGCCCAAACUAUUAGAACUUCUAUAGAUCUUCUAUAGAUUUCAUUAUCAGCUUUGUGUUUGAAUUUAAAACUUCCGAGUUUGUCAGCA